ACUUUGAAUAUUGUUCAGUCAGUUUUAUGUUGUCAUACUAUCAUUUUAAAAGUUACAUUUAGGAAAAUGAUAAAUUCCAAAAUCAUCGCUGUCGAUGUACAGGAUAUAAGAUUUCCGACAUCGUUAAAUCAAGAUGGAAGUGACGCAAUGCAUACCGAUCCUGAUUAUUCUUGCGUAUAUGUAACAAUUAAAACAAGUACCGGGCACGAAGGAUAUGGUCUUACGUUCACCUUGGGAAGAGGAACUGAAAUCGUUAUGCAAGCAUGUAAGUCUCUAGCCACGAUUGUAAGGCUUCGAAAAUUAGAAUGGAUUUACAAUGAUUUUGCGAAAUUUUGGAGACGUUUAACGAGCGACUCGCAAUUGAGAUGGGUUGGCCCGGAGAAAGGCGUGAUACAUCUAGCUACAGCGGCUAUUAUAAAUGCACUAUGGGAUUUAUGGGCUCGAAUUGAAGAAAAACCUGUCUGGAAGCUUCUUUCGGACAUGACAUCCAAGGAGCUCAUAUCUGUUAUAGAUUUCAGAUAUAUUAGAGACAUAGUGGAUGAGCAUAACGCGAGAAUAAUACUCGAAGAGAAAAUGGAACAUAGGCAGAAGCAAGAAAAGAAAUUGCUGAAGAAUGGAUAUCCUGCGUACACCACUCAAAUCGGAUGGCUGGGCUAUAGUGAUCAGCAGCUUGAGGAUCUUUGUAAAAAAUUUCUCGAUCUUGGUUAUACAGCAUUUAAGAUUAAAGUAGGCAAUAAUCUACAAGAUGAUAUUAGAAGAUGCGAAGUGAUACGCAAAGCGAUUGGCUACGGAAACAAAUUGAUGCUAGACGCGAAUCAGGUGUGGGAUGUGAACGAAGCGAUCGAAUGGAUGCAGAAAUUGGCGAAAUUUAAACCCACUUGGAUAGAGGAACCGACGUCUCCCGAUGAUAUCAAUGGACAUGCUGAGAUACUGAACAAGUUAAAGCCGUAUGAUAUUGGCGUGGCAACUGGCGAAAUGUGUGCAAAUCGCGUUAUGUUCAAGCAGUUUCUGAGAUAUCACGCAAUCAGUUAUUGUCAGGUUGAUUCGGCAAGGAUUGGUGGGAUUAACGAAAUCCUGGCUGUUUAUUUGAUGGCAUACAUAACUAAAACACCAGUUUGUCCGCAUGCUGGUGGAAUAGGCUUAUGUGAGAUGGUUCAGCAUCUCCAAAUGUGGGACUAUAUUUGCUUAAGUCAGACCACUGAAAAUCGAGUGAUUGAAUUUGUGGAUCAACAGCACGAACACUUUGAGGAUCCUGUUCAAAUUAAAAACGCAUGUUACAUGCCACCUAUGAGUCCUGGAUAUUCAACUAAACUUAAGAAAGAGAGCAUCAUAGAGUAUGCUUAUCCAGAAGGUAAUUAUUGGAGAAACAAGAUUACUGAAGAAAAAGAAGUUGAGGAAAAACACGAUUAA